AUGGUGGCAGCUGUACUCCCACUAUUGAAAUCUGCGACGAAGAGAAAACUGGCUGUGGCACUGUUUACUCCACCUACCCCCGCGGAAAAGACAUCAUAUGCCCUGGAUAAAGCUGAGGAAUAUUAUAAGACCAUAGAGUCUGGUAUUAAUCCAUCUGUACAGACUGUUUCAGACACUUAUGCAUUUCUGAUUAAUCCUCCAUCCGAGUUCUACCCAAGUGUUAGUGCUGUAGGGUUUUCUGCAAUCCUCAGACUUUACCCUGCCAAAGGUAGGUGUGAAACUGUUCUCUUCCCCAUUAGAUUGAUGAUGCUGAGCUCCUCCAUGUUUUACCCACAGCACGCUGCCUUUCUGGCCAAGGAGGCCAAAGACCAGAUAUCCAGUUUGGGUUCACAGCUACGUGUGCAUUUGGAGGACAUGCGGAAGGGAAAAUCACGUGGGAAGAAGGUGAGCACAGAGAACAUGAAGUUCUGCAAUGUUUCCAUCAGAGUCUCAGACUAA